AUGAAACAUAAAACUACAUCCACAGCUGCUCAUGCGCAGCUCUCCACCAACUUCUUGAGCGGUACGCACCAAGUGCUGACUCCGUUGUGCACCAUCAUGUACUUCAAAAUCUCACCCUUUAUCUUGGCGAUUUCUUCUUUGGCCAAGAUUGACUGGGCAACUUCACUUAUAAACUCCUUGUGCGGUUGGUCCAACUGGUCAUACGGCUCAAUAACGCGCUUGAGGAAAAACUCCUGUUGCUUUUGGUCCAUGUUGCUCUGUUCUACGGCCUGCCGAAGUUUGUCGGGUGUCGCUUCAAUGUCCACUUCUUUGGAUUCCAGUGUUUCUGGCCGUACCGAUUCAGAGCUUGGUGCUGGCGAUACCAGUGUUGGAGGUCCUGAUACUGGAGGGGCCGACAACCCACCUCGAGCCACAGGAGCUCUGGGUGUCGUUGACUCACCGGAAAUUACCGGUAGUCGUUGUGUUCUUCUUUUCGAGCGCGCAGAAGAAACGCUGGUAGAGCUGGAUUCACGCGAGCUUAAUGGCGGUGGAGGGCAGUCAUUCCAACCCUCCAUCAAUUCACCACGUUGA